CCCUACACCUGCCUGUCAAAUAUCUCUCCGCUCUUUCUCAAUGCCGCGGUCGAGUUUCGCGAUAUCUACCUGCAUCAGCUGAUUCUAGUCUUCCCGAAAACAGCUCUAACUCGGUGGGAACUAGACUGCUGUCCCUGGUCGAUAUACUUGUUAGCUACAUAUAAGCUGACAGAAGAGUACGAGGUUGCCGCAUAGUGUAGUAAGCACUAGCUGUUAGCCAAACCACGAUAGAGGCCAUCGUUUCCGUAUAACGGAAUCAAGCAAGCUAGCUAGGCUUCAGCCCAGUAAAAGUGUUGUGGCCCCACUGUGGAUUCCCUGGAUUGGACUGGGACGGAGGCAGUCGUAGGCAGAGCAGGUGCUACGUGAAGUGCAGUUUCGACUUCCCCUAUGAGUAGCAGCACCGGUGAGAGAGCACCACGGACCCGGGCGGCGAAGGCAGGCCAGGGGGCAGGGGGGACAAUGACAUGGACCCCUCAGGACCAGAGCGUGGACCCUUCAUACAGGCCUACCACCACUGCAGGCCCAACCAUAGCCUGCAGUGGUGGCGGGAGCUCCUGUGUCCUGAGUAAGCUGAUCCAACUGCCGGCUCCGCCGCUGUCGCGCCACCAGCUGAAGAAGUUAGAGGAGCACAGGUACAGCAGUGCAGGCCGCUCCCUUCUGGAGCCCUUCAUGCAGCACUACUGGGAGUGGCUAGUGGCACGUGUGCCGGCAUGGAUAGCCCCCAACCUCAUCACUAUUGUGGGCCUGGCCACCAACAUCCUCACCACAUUGGUGCUGGUGUACUACUGCCCCACAGCCACUGAACAGGCACCGCUGUGGGCUUACCUGUCUUGUGCAGUGGGCCUCUUCAUCUACCAAUCACUGGACGCCAUCGAUGGGAAACAGGCACGGCGCACCAAUAGCAGCACCCCACUGGGAGAGCUGUUUGACCAUGGCUGUGACUCUCUUUCAACAGUGUUUGUGGUUUUGGGCACCUGUAUCGCCGUCCAACUUGGAACUAACCCCGACUGGAUGUUCUUCUGCUGCUUCGCCGGCAUGUUCAUGUUCUACUGUGCUCACUGGCAGACCUACGUAUCGGGAACCCUGCGCUUUGGCAUCAUUGAUGUGACUGAAGUGCAAUUCUUCAUUAUAAUCAUGUAUUUGCUGGCUGCCGUCGGAGGACCAGCUUUUUGGCAGUUCUUGAUCCCUGUGGUGAACAUCCAGAUUAAGAUCAUUCCAGCCAUCCUCACUGUGGCGGGAGCAAUCUUCUCCUGCACCAACUACUUCCGGGUCAUAUUCACGGGAGGAGUAGGAAAGAACGGAUCCACCAUAGCGGGAACGAGUGUCCUGUCGCCGUUCUUCCACAUAGGGUCAGUCAUAAUUCUGGCCAUCAUGAUCUACAAGAAGUCUGCGUCCCAGCUUUUUGAGAAGCACCCCUGUCUCUACGUCCUGGCCUUUGGGUUUGUGUCGGCCAAGAUCACCAACAAGCUAGUGGUGGCUCAUAUGACAAAAAGUGAGAUGUGUCUCCAUGACUUGGCUUAUUUGGGGCCAGGGCUGCUCUUCUUGGACCAGUAUUUUAACAGCUUCAUAGACGAGUACUUGGUCCUCUGGGUGGCACUGUUCCUGUCCAUUUUUGAUCUUGUGCGCUACUGCGUCAGCGUCUGCAACCAGAUCGCCUCUCACCUGCACAUCUUCGUGUUCAAGAUCAAACCCCCCAACCUGCGGCCCGCCGCUGCCUCCCGGUCAGGCAAAGACGUCUGGUGUCACUGGUCUGGUGACACUACUGACAGGUGGUGAAACCAUCCGGCUGGAGCUGGUGGAAGUACCUCAACCGCCUCCCCUUCGUCUCCACAGUGUUCCCAUUGGAUGAGACGAAUUGGAGGCAGUCUUUCUACGAAUGUAUAAUGCUGCGUUCACAACAUCUCGUAAUUUCAUAAAUACCAGCGUACGACUGGGAAAAAUGGACUUGAACACCCCUCCAAUUGGUAAUUAUUAGUGGGAAACUCUCCUGUCAUCCCUGUGCUCAGUUUCCCACUUGCACCUCUGACGUCAUUUGUCAACAAACAAGACAGCAAGCUUGGCGGUAUCUUCAGCAGUUGUUGUUUAUGGUAAGAACAAAAUACAAAAUUGUUAAUACAAAAUGUAUUCUGUUAAUCUUCCUUUUGAUUUAGAAAGUGAAAGCAGCUCUGGAUAUACUUUUUAUGGGCAGAAAAGAGCAAAACAAGCCUUCUAAUGACCUCCAUGUUUGAUAGUAUUUCCCAGUUCAAAACGUGAAUACACCCAACUCGUGUUUGCGACUUCUCAACUGAUAAUUACUACCUUCCCACUUGGUUAUGAACGCAGCAUUAGCCAAUUAAAUGAUGAAUACAUUGAGGGCGGGGAAAAGAAGAGGAACAUUUUUUUAUGAACAUAAUUUAUUUCAGUCUCUGGUGUGCAAUAGUGAUCAGUCUUUGCAGAUGUGGUGUAAAAGGUUCCUAGCCGAAGAGGAGAAUGGGGAAUACGUUUUCUGUUGAGGUUUAGUUUGUCAUAAAAGAAGAACCUGGUUAUUUGGUAACAAACUAUUUGAGAUUUAGAAGUUAUCUAACAAAAGGUUAUGGAUAGGGGUUAAUGUUGCUUACUAUAACCAUGCUGCCACUAUCCAUAUAUUUGCUCAAAUGCACUGAAAAUAAAAUGUUAUCCAUAGGAAGGAUCAGGUUAUACCUAACCAAAUGAUAUUAUACUUAGCUAUGAGGAAAAAAUGCCUACAGUGUAUUCACGCCUGUCUGUUCUUUCAGUAUUGGUAUUUACUCAGCUCAUCUACGUACAAUACCCACCUGUAUUCCACUCCAGAGAAAAUGUUAGUUCUCUGUUUUAAGGUGUAGCGCAGAGUAGUUCUGUAUAGUAUUUCUGCUUUCCGUUUGAACCAUCUGAAAAGCUGUCGUCAUAGAUUGCGGAUUGCAUUCAGUGGAAGAACACAUGGUCAUGAGCUAAGACUGUCUUGCAUUUCUGUUGUUGAUCCUAUGUCAUCCUCGUUCUGUAUAGCCUACAUCAGGGGUAUUCAACUCUUACCCUAUGAGGUCCAGAGCCUGCUGCUUUUCUGUUCUACCUGAUAAUUAAUUGCACACACCUGGUGUCCCAGGUCUAAAUCAGUCCCUGAUUAGAGGGGAACAAUGGAAAAAAAGCAGUGGAAUUGGCUGCAAGGUCCAGGUUUGAGUUUGAGGGGCCUACAUGAUGUAUGACACUGAAUUGUAUUAUAUUCAAUAAGCCCCAACGAACAAGGGAACUAUUGUCUCAUCAUGUUUACAUGAUAUGGCUACGUACUUCAUUUUGUCCCAUGUGAUUGCAGAACAAAUGUAUCUGCAUUAUACAACUGUGUAUGAGAGAUGGAUCACGGUUCCUGCUGUAUGCUUCCAUAUAACUUGUGCCAUAUGUGAUGCAAGUCAAUGGAGCACUGCUCGUUAUCUGUUACAUGCGUUCAGACUCUUAACCGUGAGGAAUCUAGCUUAUGAUAUUCAAGCAACAGUUAUGAGUACGUGUUCUGUCAACCGCAAGUCAUUUUUGUCACCGUGGAUGACAAAAAAAUAAGUUUGGGACGUUUUAGUGAUAGGUGUUACUCCAACCUCCUCACACUGUUUACAAUAUUACAAUAUUCAUCUGUUUUUUUUUUCUCAUAAAAAAUAAAUAAUAUAUACAGUAUAUUUUUGUUUUUUAUUCAACUGUGUUGCUUUUUAGUUGAGCUUUGGUUAUACUGUAGCGUUGAUGAAGUAGGAGUCAGGCUACCAUUAGUGUUACAUCACCACUUGGAGGAACUGCUUGGUUGUGAAAAAUGCAAUACAGUCGUUAUGCAGCAGUUGCCUUAAAUGCUAAGUAUUUGCAUUAGAAGGGAUGGUUUCAAAAGGACGGCCUGAAAAAGGCUAGUGUCAGGCCUAUGUGUUGUGCUAUAAAUGCUUGAUAUGUAACUGAUGAAUACAGUGAAGGAUAUGUUUAGGUGUUCUCUUCCUGAUCUUACCCCUACAGUCACUCCAACCCCACCCAUUCUGUCUGAGGUCUUAUCAUUAACCAAGUAUUAAACUAUAUAACUAUAUCCGUAUGGACGACCCGUCAAUGGUCAAACAUAAGGAAUGGUUUUUUUUAAAGCAGAAAUUAAGGAAUGUCUACUAUUACCCUACCAAUUUAGCUAAUAUCAAACAGUGAUGCACAGAGUAUUAAAAUGUCUACCGUUUAAUUUCUCUUCAUAACAAGAGAAGAGCUUGUCAAUGUUAUUUUGUUUGUAUCCUAUGCAUGGGAUGGGCAUUACAACCCACUGUAAUGGUCAGUCAAUAGCCACGUGGAUAUAUAUAUAUAUAUAUAUAUAUGUAACUGAUGGUGUUCAACCAAUUGAAACACCCCUUCAAACGUAACUCAUUUUCCCUUGGAUUGUUUGUAAUUUCUGAACAAUGCAGAGAUUUUAAAGAUGACUUGCGAAGUGUGCAUCAUUGGUCGUUGUAAAAAAACUAAAAUAUUGCUUUUUAGUGUUCAAUGGUUUUUAAUUUGAUGUUUGGUAAAAAAAUUUACUUUUCUGUCAAAGAAAAUCAUGAAUUUUUGAAUAAACAAGCUUAUGUAAAAUAAAGAUUGCUAUAUUUAUAACAUGUGA